CGAGAGAAAAAGCUUGCGCGAUCGGCGUCGGUUGGCUACCAGAAAGGAAACACUGCAGUUCGUCGUUUAUAGUCGGCGAGUCUGAACCUUGGUAUCCUGCGCCCUGGGCCGUAGCUAUCCUUGGACGAGGAGCAUGCCCUACUAUUUUUGAGAGGCAUGGAUCAGUGCGGCCCGUCUCGGACUAACCGGACGAAUGUCAUGGAAGGCGUUGGAUCGCGCGUAAUCCGUGGUCCCGACUGGAAAUGGGGCAAACAGGACGGUGGCGAUGGACACUUGGGAACCGUGCGUAAUUUCGAGUCUUCCGAAGAAGUUGUGGUCGUCUGGGACAACGGCACGGCGGCCAACUACCGCUGCUCCGGAACGUAUGAUCUCCGCAUCGUUGACAGUGCACCCACAGGCGUCAAACACGAGGGCACCAUGUGCGACACGUGUCGCCAGCAGCCCAUCUUUGGCAUCCGGUGGAAGUGUGCCGAGUGCUCCAACUACGACCUCUGCUCCAUGUGCUACCACGGCGACAAGCACCAACUGCGACACCGUUUCUUCCGCAUCACCAACCCGGGCAGCGAACGGGCGCUCAUGGAGCCCCGUCGUAAGAGCAAGAAAAUGGGAGUCCGCGGCAUGUUCCCCGGAGCGAGAGUAGUCCGAGGCGUGGACUGGCAGUGGGAGGAUCAGGACGGCGGCAACGGGCGCCGGGGUAAGGUCACGGAGAUCCAGGACUGGAGCGCGGCCAGCCCUCGCAGUGCCGCCUACGUGGUGUGGGACAACGGGGCCAAGAACCUCUACCGCGUCGGCUUCGAAGGCAUGGCUGACCUCAAAGUUGUGAAUGACGCAAAGGGUGGCACAGUCUACAGGGACCAUCUACCCCUCUUAGGAGAACAAGGCCCCGGCCGUUCUGGAGGCGUGGGCUUCCAAGUCGGCGACCAAGUGAACGUAGACUUGGAUCUUGAGAUUGUCCAGUCACUUCAGCAUGGCCAUGGUGGCUGGACAGAUGGAAUGUAUGAGUGUCUUGGAACAACAGGCACAGUGAUUGGUGUUGACGAAGACCACGACAUAGUGGUCUCCUAUCCAAGUGCUAACAGGUGGACGUUCAACCCGGCCGUGCUGACUCGCGUCAACACGGCAUCAACUGCAUCGACGUCGGCGGCCAGUGGCAGCGGUGUUGGGGACGCGACCUCGUCGCAGCAGUUUUCCGUAGGUGACCUGGUGCAGAUCUGCAGUGACCUCGAACGCAUCAAGAUCCUCCAGCGGGGUCACGGAGAGUGGGCCGAAGCAAUGACUCCUACCCUUGGCAAGAUUGGCAGAGUGCAGCAGAUUUACCACGACAAUGACCUCAAGGUGGAGGUCUGUGGCACGUCCUGGACCUACAACCCUCUCGCCGUUACAAAGAUGGCUUCGGACGGCGCUGUUGCCGGCGUGUCCAGUGGAGAGCGCCUGAGUGCUUUGCUCAAGAAACUGUUCGAGAGCCACGUCUCCGGAGACGUGAACGAGGAACUGGUCAAAGCGGCGGCCACCGGCGACGCUCAGAAGUGCGAGGAAAUCCUGAAGCACCCCGAGGCCAACGUGAACGGGGUGUUUGCGAGUCACACGGCUCUCCAGGCUGCCAGUCAGAAUGGACACGUGGAGGUCAUCAAGAUUUUGCUGCGUCACAAUGCUGAUGUUGAAAUUGAGGACAAAGAUGGUGACCGAGCCGUGCACCACACUGCCUUUGGAGACGAGCCGAGCGUGAUGGAGCUUCUGGCUCGUGCCGGUGCCGACCUGAAUGCACGCAACAAGCGUCGCCAGACUCCCCUGCACAUUGCAGUCAACAAAGGUCACAUGGGUGUUGUCAAGACCUUGCUCGACCUCGGAUGCCACCCGAGUCUGCAGGACUGCGAGGGGGACACACCACUGCACGACGCCAUCAGCAAGAAGCGGGACGACAUGCUCACCCUCCUCCUGGACCACAACGCGGACAUCACACUCACCAACAACAAUGGUUUCAACGCCCUCCACCACGCGGCGCUCCGAGGCAACCCAAGUGCCAUGCGAACCCUGCUGGCCAAGCUGCCGAGGCCCUGGAUCGUCGACGAAAAGAAAGACGACGGCUACACCGCGCUUCAUCUCGCUGCCCUUAACAACCACGUGGAAGUUGCGGAGCUGCUCAUUCAUCAGGGCCAUGCCAACAUGGAUCUGCAGAACGUGAACCUUCAGACACCGCUGCACCUUGCUGUCGAAAGGCAGCAUGCCCAGAUAGUCAGGCACCUGGUACGCGAGGGUUGCAACCUGAACAUACCAGACAAGGACGGUGACACGCCGCUGCAUGAGGCACUGCGUCACCACACGCUGUCGCAGCUGAGACACCUGCAGGACAUGCAGGACGUCACCAAGGCCGGGGGAGGACGCUUGAGCACAGCUGCGGGCUCGAGUUCCACUGCUGGAAACCUGGAGCUUCUAAUGGGCUUGGGUAGCCAGGGUGCGGACAAGAAGUCCAGCGCCUCCAUCGCCUGCUUCCUGGUGUCCAACGGAGCAGAGCUCUACAUCAAGAACAAAAAGGGACAGGCCCCGUUGGACUUGUGCCCCGACCCGAAUCUCUGCAAUGCGCUCGUCAAGUGUCGCAAGGACAAGUCAGGGUCCCAGAUGCUGACGCCAUCAACGAGCCCACAGCCAAACGAGCAGGAAGCCCUGGAGGACUGCAUCGUGUGCUCGGACAUGAAGCGCGACACUCUGUUCGACCCAUGCGGCCACAUCGCCACCUGCGCCCUGUGUGCACCGCGCGUCAAAAAGUGCCUGCUCUGCAAGGAGCCUGUGCUUGCACGCACAAAGGUAGAGGAGUGCGUCGUCUGCUCGGACAAGAAGGCAUCCGUACUCUUCAAGCCUUGUAGCCACAUGUGUGCCUGUGAAGGCUGUGCUGCUCUGAUGAAGAAGUGCGUCCAGUGUCGAGCGCAGAUCGACAAGGUGGUUCCAUUCAUCGUCUGCUGCGGAGGCUCGGCUGCCAAGCUGCUCGACUACGGCAUGCAGGAGGCUUUCGGCGGUCAAGACUUCGCGGUGGAAACAAAAUGCUUUGGUGCCGAGGAUGCCGAGACGAAGAAGAAAGUGGUGAACCUGCGAGGCCCCAUGACCAAAUCGGACAUCCCUCUCAACAUCUCCAAGUUUCCCGCCGAUAAGAAUGAUAACUCACACCCUGCUUCCAAUCGUCCCGGUGGGCCUGGGCCGCUGAUGAACAACGGCGCUCACGACACCUCAGUCAACGACCUUCAGAAGCUGCAACAGCAGCUGCAGGACAUCAAAGAACAGACCAUGUGCCCGGUCUGCCUGGAUCGACUCAAGAACAUGAUCUUCCUGUGCGGUCACGGGACUUGCCAGAUGUGCGGCGACCGCAUGUCCGAGUGCCCCAUCUGCCGCAAGGCGGUCGAGAAGCGAAUCCUGCUCUACUGACCGUUCCCCGGCGUGAUAGAGAAUGCGUCUCACAGUUGCUGGUACGACCUUGCGGCAGUCGUCUUAGUCACAGUCGAGUAGACCGUCGCGCUCUUUUCAGAUGAACAUGAAACAUUAGCGUCGUCAAGACUUAGUGCUUUCCGAAGCUGUGGUUCCCCAUCCCUUAUGUUUUGCUGUUUUUAUCCUUACUAAUGUGUUUGUAUACCCAUAUAUCUAGACUUCGUCGCUCCUUUUACAUUUUGGAAAGUUGUUUUGCAUUAACCUAUGACUCUCCUUGUAGAGAGCUUUGUCUUUUUGCCAUUGCACUAUUUUUCCUGCUGCGUUUAAUCGAAUUAUCAUCUUUUUUACCUACUUGUUGAAGGUAGACUGUUGCCAAAUGUCACUUAGUAAGUGUGUAUGGAAUGUUGUGUCUGAAAACUAACGUGUCGUCCCUGCGGUUACUGAAAACUUCGUUUGAAAAUAAGAAAUCAUCUUCGAUGUCACGUUAACUGCACAAUAAACAACAGGCCAGAUGGACAAAACGUAUUGCUUGUGGCAGCCGUGCAUCUCGCCCUAGCAGUUGGCGAGCUCCUCAGACUGUUUCAUUUCUUUAAUUUCUCUCAAAUUAUUUUCAUACACUAUUAAGUGCUGUAUUGAACGAUAUGUACCCAAAGAUUUGCUUUUUACGAGCUUCUGUAUGACUUUUAUCGCUGCAUACUAUGGAAUUCAAAGAAAGUGCUCAGGUGAACAUUUGGCUUUUCGUAUUUCUCUGUCUCGUAACGUGUACUGCUUCUUUCUUUUUAAUUGCAAAAUCUCUGAAGAUGUUACUUUCGCAGUCUUUAAAUUCAUGUGAACGUUAGUUAGUCCACAAUAUAAGUUUGCCACCACGUGAAUGAGUCUUCGAGGAAAACUUCAAACAAAACUUGAAGCAAAUCAAGAAUGUACGUCAAUUCGAUAAAUCCUUUUCUAAACAAUUGUUUAUCCUCGCUCCAACACUUAUUAACAAGAACGUUAUGAAGAUUGCUUCGUACUUAUUCAUUUUCUUCUCUAAUUCUUAUGUGACUGAAGAUUUCUUUAGGACGAAUGGUAAAGACCGACCGUGCUAAAGAUUCUUGUCAUACCUCGUUGUGUAUGCCUUGCCAACUUAGAUUUAUAGUGGAUUUGUUUUUAAACUAUUGUGAACUGUGCUACUCUCUGCAAAGCUGUUCACAUUGAACACCAUUGUGAACGCACGUACGUUUGCACUUAAUUUUCAACGUCUCUAAAACAGCGCUUUCAUUUCGUUAUCUCAUUAACAAGGAGUAGUUAUCGUUAACGACCCCAUGAAUUUGUAGAUUGCAGUAUGUACUAGGCCCUCCUUGUCAGGUUAGAAAUAUCCAUUCACCCGGAAUAGUAAAUUUUUCGUCGUAUUAAAAACUUUCAUGCAAAUGCAUUUACUGCUUGGUUGCUCCGUAAAUUAAUGAUGAUCGUUUUUGCUAGCCAGUUCAGCUCAAAGACCAUGUUCUAUCUGGUCUUGAGAAUCGGCUGCUCUGUAACUGCCACCAAACUAGUAUUACACAUCACCACAAGAGCUUGAGCCGGUUCACGUAACAAGAACAGUUGCUUGAAAAUGUAUCGGAAAUGUGUGGUUUUGUAAUUGCAACGUCGGUGUGAUAGCUUAUUGUCAGUGACUGUCCCGUGUAAGCUACUUGACGUUAUUGAAGUCAAGUCGGAAUGAUGUACAAUAGGCUAUAUGUAAUACUAUAUAUACUGUUGCGAUAAUUGAUCCUUCGAAGCUGUGUGACACUUUGACCCUAUGACUGAUUGUUUGUUGGUUGCGUAUGCGGCGACUGCAGUGUUUACAGUAUCUUGCUGGCAACGACGUGUAUUCUUGUUACCAAGCAACUUGUCACGAAGAUGCAUGCAACUUAGGAAGUUAUGGAAACUGCCGCCAUGGCAUUUGUAAUGUAUGUGCGUCCACUUCUGUAAACAUUUUCUGUCCUUACGUCUGACCAGGCUUUUUAAGACACUUAGCUUGACGAGGAACUUAACGUAACGAAAAAUAAUGCACUGUUGCAUACGCACAGAAACUGUUCACUACUGCUGUCCUGUGCUGUCUCGUUUCAGUGAACCAUUUUGCACGCAAACUCAACCCAAGCCAUUCCAUGCAGGACAUUCAUCAGCCUUGAAUUAGUAAUUCGUUGUGACAAUUUUUGGUUUUACUGGGAAUAUGAAACUGUAACCUUAUCUCGCAUAGAUGUGAUCUUAUCGCUGAGAAUCAUAGACAGAAGAUGUGACUGAGAGAAAAUGGUUAUGUACAUUGUAAACUUUAACUGAUCAAGAGUCAGCAAACAAGGCUCAGGCUUUCCUUAUCUACCCGGUGCUGAUCAGUUCAUAGAUAGUUAAUGAACUUUAUCACUUACUUCUCCCUCUAUAUUUCUGUUGGUUGUCUGCACCUAGUGAUAACCUGUGGGAGCAAUCUUGCUGCAUAAUGCAAGAAACUGUUGUUUAGCAUGCUGUAUGGUCAUUAGGGACAAAUUUCAGUGGAAAGUGGAUUUAUUGCCUUUUUUUAAAUUCUCCAUAACCAUAUGUAGUCAGUCUUGCUUGUGUACAAGCAAUUUUGCUGUGUGGAUUAGCUUAAGUUUUCAAGGGCCUUUGCACCUAGUUUCUUUCAGCCAGGCUUAUAACCUUUAAAGAAAUGCAGUUGACAACCACAUGUGUAAAUCAUACCAAGCAAAAUUUCAACUUUUAAACCUUAGUUUGUGGUCUAUAGCCUAGAAUAUACAGUAGCAUUAUAAUGUCAAGCGUAUAGAUGUGACAUUCUCACUUACGCAUAGUGUUUGAGACAAAAUGGCCUUCAAGUGAAAGAUGCCAUAAUAUGUGCGCAUGCACUGUUAUGACGUAAUGAAGACGUAACAAAUGCAGUCUUGCUUUUAAAGUUAUUGACAACUAAUAGAUGAACAUGUCCGAGGUACUGCAAUGCCGAGAACCGACGUGGAAGCAAAAGCAGAGUGCUCACUUUUUCAUUUCGUUUGAAGUUACUAUCAAUGGACUGUUGAGUAUAUUGUGUGUACUGCCAACAUUGUUUUGUGCCUUAAGCUGCAAUUCACUGUAUGGAAGGGAAAUGAUAAUGUGUUCGAUUAAUUAGAAAUGGGGAUAACAGAUUAAUGGGAAGUGUUUGCUUAGAAGUGUGCUUGCCAAGAUGAGUGAGGGCUUGUAAAAUGACCGUAGUUAAGGCUUUGGAUGACUACGGCCAAUGGCAAUCCGUAGUUUAGGCUUUGGAUGACUUCACUUUUCACGUCUGGCUACCACGGCUGGUUCAAGUGCGACAUUCAACAUUUGUCGCGAGAACGAUUGCAGGAAGUGUUGGCGUGUGUUUUUUGACAGUGUCCUUCAACGUGUGCUUUCUCAUCGUCCUCUUCCUCCUAUUUGCCAAGAGUGCACAUGUUGUUCUCCUUAUCCAGGACGUUACUUUCGCCCUAAGUAGUUCAGUCCAGCCCUUGGUCUUAUCCCUCGAAAUCCAAGUUACUGCACUGCCUUGUAGCUGCACUUUUUUGUUUGUCUUAUUUAUAAUUGUGUUGUUCGUAGUGCAUAAUAAAAAACUGUGCAAACCGACAA